CCACUACGGGUGUUGUGCGUCUAUUCAAAUUCAUCAGAAGAGCUGGGUGUCUAUGAAGAGUGACUGGUCUAUGGAUCCCGCAAUCAAACGACCUGCUGUCAGUGUGGUAGGAGAUGAUCAGACCGGAGACCUGCAGCAGCAUGCACUCCAACCAGAACAUGAUGAACUUCAGAGAGUCAAAGACCAGCACAAAACCAGCAUGAAAAUCAAGUAUGAGAGAUUAUUUGAGGGAAUCAACUAUCAAGAGACUCAAACCCUCCUGAACAGGAUCUACACACAGAAUUACAUCAUAGAAGGAGGGAGUAAAGGGGUGAAUAGAGAGCAUGAGGUUUUACAGAUGGAGAAAACAGCCAGAAAAAUACCCUCACAACACACUCCAGUCUACUGCAAUGACAUCUUUAAAGUCUCAGCUGGAGCAGGACAUGAGGAGAAGACAAAGAAUGAGAAAGCCCAGAUCAAGACUGUUCUUACCAAAGGCAUCGCUGGAAUCGGGAAAACCGUCUCUGUGCAGAAGUUCAUUCUGGACUGGGCCGAGGGAAAAGACAAUCAGGAUGUAGAUUUCAUGUUUGUGCUUCCAUUUCGAGAGCUGAACUUGAUCCGAGAUCAUCAGUACAGUCUUCACAGACUUCUGCUGGACUUUCAUCCUGAACUUGAAGAUCUGGAGCCCAAGAUUUAUGAGCAGUGUAGAGUUGUGUUCAUCUUUGAUGGUCUGGAUGAAAGCAGAAUCACACUGAACUUUUCAGAUGAAGAGAAAGUUUGUGCUGUGACUGAAUCUUCAUCAGUGGCUGUGUUGAUGUGGAGCCUCCUGAAAGGAGAUCUGCUUCCCUCUGCUCUCCUCUGGAUCACCUCCAGACCAGCAGCAGCCCAUCAGAUCCCCUCCAAAUACAUCAACCGUCUGACAGAAAUUCAGGGAUUCACUGAGCCUCAGAAGGAGGAAUAUUUCAGGAAGAGAAUCAGCGACGAGCAUCAAGCCAGCAGAAUCAUCUCCCACAUCAGAAGAGCAAGAAGCCUCCAGAUCAUGUGCCCCAUACCAGUCUUCUGCUGGAUCUCCUCCACUGUGCUUCAGAAGCUCCUAGAAGAAGAUCUGAGUGCAGAAAUCCCUCAAACUCUGACUGAGAUGUACAUCCACUUCCUGCUGAUUCAGAUCAACAUGAGGAAGCAGAAGUAUGAAGAGAGAGAUAGAGAGGAACUCCUGCAGUCCAACAGAGGAGUGAUCCUCAAACUUGCUGAAGUGGCUUUCAGACAGCUGAUGAAGGGCAAUGUGAUGUUCUAUGAGGAGGACCUGUUUGAGAGCGGCUUAGACGUCACUGACGCCUCAGUGUAUUCUGGGAUCUGCACUGAGAUCUUCAAAGAGGAAUCUGUGAUUCAUCAGAGGAAAGUCUACAGCUUCAUCCAUCUCAGCUUUCAGGAGUUUCUGGCUGCUUUCUUUGUGUUUUACUGCCAUUUAACAAAGAAUAGAGAACCGCUGAGGUUGCUUUAUGAGAGUAAAUAUUCAGAUGAUGAAGAUGUGUCAGAUGAUGAUUUAUCUGAAUAUUCAUAUGAUCAAUAUCUACAGGUCAUCUCUGAGUUCUCUCUGUGUCAUCUGCUCAGUUUAGCAAUAUAUAAAGCUGUCAACAGUAGUAAUGGUCAUCUGGAUCUGUUCCUGUGGUUCCUGCUGGGUGUCUCACUUGAGUCCAAUCAGAGACUCUUACAGGAUCUGCUGACACAGACAGAGGAGAGCUCAGAGAGCAUCAGGACAAUCACACAGCACAUUAAAUACAUGAUCACGAGACAUGUCUAUCUCUCAGCUGAAAGAUCCAUCACUCUGUUCCUCUGUCUGCUGGAAGUGAAAGAUGAGACUCUGUCCAGAGAGAUUCAGGAGUUUGUGAAAUCAGACAAACACUCAGAGGAGGAAUUCUAUGAUGCUUACUGCUCAACAAUCUCCUACAUGAUUGAGAUGUCAGAGGAGCCGCUGGAUGAGUUAGACUCUAAUAAAUUCAACACAUCACCUGAGGGAAGAUGGAGACUCAUACCAGCUGUGAGAAACUGCAGAAGAGCUCUACUACAGUGGUGUUAUCUCACUGUUCAGUGCUGUGAGAGUUUGUCUUCAGCUCUACAAUCCUCAAAUUGUGUCCUGAGAGAGCUGGACCUGAGUUACAAUGACCUACAGGAUUUAAGAGUGAAGCCUCUCUCUGAUGGAUUGAAGACUCCAGACUGUAAACUGGAGACACUGAGGCUACAGUGCUGUAAUCUCACUGUUCAGUCCUUUGAGAGUUUGUCUUCAGCUCUACAAUCCUCAAACUGUGUACUGAGAGAGCUGGACCUGAGUAACAAUGACCUGCAGGAUUCAGGAGUGAAGCUUCUCUCUGAUGGACUGAAGAGUCCAAACUGUAAACUGGAGACACUGAGACUGGUGACGUGUAACCUCACUGUUCAGUGCUGUGAGAGUUUGUCUUCAGCUCUACAAUCCUCAAACUGUGUUCUGAGGGAGCUGGACCUGAGUAUCAAUGACCUACAGGAUUCAGGAGUGAAGCUUCUCUCUGAUGGACUGAAGACUGGAAACUGUAAUCUGGACACACUGAGACUGGCCAUUUGUAAUCUCACUGUUCAGUCCUGUGAGAGUUUGUCUUCAGCUCUACAAUCCUCAAACUGUGUCCUGAGAGAGCUGGAGCUGAGUAACAAUGACCUGCAGGAUUCAGGAGUGAAGCUUCUCUCUGAUGGACUGAAGAGUCAACACUGUAAACUGGAGACACUGAGAUUGUCUGGCUGUAUGGUGACAGAGGAAGGCUGUGGUUUUCUGUCUUCAGCUCUGACUUCAAACCCCUCACACCUGAGAGAGCUGGAUCUGAGCUACAACCAUCCAGGAGAUUCAGGAGUCAAGCUGCUCUCUGAACAACUGGAGGAUCCAAACUACACACUGGACAAACUCAAUCUGGAUCAUGGAGGAGACACAAGGAUUACAGCAGGACCACGCAAAUAUGCCUGUUUCCUCACUCUGGAUCCAAACACAUUAUACACUGGUCUCAUUCUGUCUGAGGAGAACAGAGAGGUGAAGAGUGUGGAAAAGCAUAAGCCGUAUCCUGAUCAUCCAGACAGAUUUAAUGGUAUUUAUCCUCAGGUGCUGUGCAGAGAGAGUGUGUGUGGACGCUGUUACUGGGAGAUUGACUGGAGCGGAGAUAAUCGUGUGUGUAUAGCAGUGUCAUAUAAGAGCAUCAGCAGGAAGGGACUAGGUGAUGAGUGUUGGUUUGGACGUAACGCUCAGUCCUGGAGUUUGUGCUGCUCUUCCUCCAGCUUCAUAUUCUGGCACAAUGACACACGCACUGAUCUCUCAGUAAAGCCGCUCAGCAGGAGAAUAGGAGUGUUUGUGGAUCACAGUGCAGGAACUCUGAUCUUCUACAACAUCAACAGAGACACAAUGAGCCUCAUCCACUCAGUCCAGACCACAUUCACUGAACCGCUCUGUGCUGGGUUUGCUGUUUGGCGUCCAUCAUCAGUGAAACUGUGCUGAAGACUGAGGAGGAGCAGUAGGUAGCUGUGUGUGCGUGUGUGUGUUUGUGUGUGUUUGUGAGAGAGAGAGAGAGUGUGUGUCUGUCUGUGUGAGAGAGCGUGUGUGUGAGAAUAUGUUUGUGUUUCAGUGUGUGUAUGAGAGUGUGUGUGUGUGCGCGUGUGUGUGUGAGUUUUUUUUGACAAAAAUACUUUAUUACAUGAUUUUUCAUUUCACACAUUGUAACUCCACAGCAGAUCUAACAGCAGCUCUCCUUCCUCCACAUUCCAGACAGCGUCCUUAUGACACACUGUUGUUCAAAGGUUUCAGCUUCAUUUAUGGCCUUGUAAUACUUCAAAUCUAUUGUAAUUCUGGAUCUUAUGAAUGCUUUAAAACUGUAAAUCUCUUGAUCAUGUACCUUUCAUCUAGAAUAUUAAUAUGAAUUAUGCCCUUAAUGACUCCCUCCCUGGCUAAUUGUCACAUGACAUAGCGAUAAACAAAUGAACCAUUUACAUAAUUUAAGUAUUUUAUACUUCACAUGUUCUGAUUUUAUCAGCUUUUCAUGAACUCAUGAUGAAACUCGUGACACAUUCAAUAUGAAAUCUGCUGCUGAUACGGGUGCCAUGUCUGACAUUAAAUUGUGUCAAAGUUUAAGUGAAAACACUGCUUCAAAUAUUCUAAAUAUUUUUCAAAAUGAAAUUAUAAUACGAAUAUUUUUACUGAAAUGUUUUUUUAAUUAAAAUUCUUGAUAAAUUAGGAGAAUUUCUCAAUCUUGUUACAGGUUUACAACCCAGAAACAAUGAGAUGUGUAACAGGGUUGAAUGUGAUGGGGUUGAGUUUUUAAAACAAAAUGGCCUCUGCUCCUCGUGUGGUUUAAAAGAGAAGGCCCACAUGGCAGCAAUUAAACAAGAAUAUGUUAUAUUGUUUGGAAAAAAACAAUAAUUUUCCAUCUUAGUUUUACGUUACGGGGUUGAUUUGUUAAGCUUGACCGUACUCUUCCUAAUUAUAAUAAACAUCAUAAAACGUAAAGAAAUGAAAAUAUAUCUUGCCUUGUACAUGUUUGCUCCUCUAAGACUACAACACAGUUAUUUAAAAUGGUAAUAACACUUCACAAUCAGACAGUUUUUAUUUAUCUCUUAUGUUAGCUUUAAUUAAUUAAAGAUUUAGGAUGUACCUGAUGAAUUCUUUUUAAAGACUGUUCAAUGUCAAUUGCCAACGAUAUCUCACAGCAAUUCCUAACUUUUUUAUUUGACUUGUACAUAUGAAUGUAUAGGAUCUCAUUAGUACAUUUUAGUACUUUUAAUUUGCUCAUCCCUCAAUGAUGGUUGGGUUUAGGGGUGAGGUUUGGUGCCUUCUUUUAAAAAUCCUCCAUUUUCGUAGAUCUGAACUCUGAAUUAGCCACUAAACUGACAAAACCUAAAAUAGUUGUUCCUUGUGGGAUCAGGCUGCAUCUGCAGAGUAAGAGUAAACAGGAGCUUUAAUCAGAUUUGAAGAACAAACGUUUAAUAAAACAGGCAGCUUUGUUUAACAUUUGGUUUAAUUAUAUUUAUUGGACAUGUGGGUCAAAUAUAGGACAUUUG